AUGGUUGAUGAAAGUGUAUUAGCAAUCAAUUCACCAGUUCAGUUUGAUGAAAGUAUUUCGCAUUAUGAAUUUCAUGCACACCAACCUUAUGGAUCAUCAACUCCAACAAAAGUUAAAUUAGUUCACAAUGCAAUGUGUCAUAUGUUUGAUGAAAUUCGAUAUGAAAUUAAUGGUAUAGAAGUUGAUAAAUCAAAAAAUGUUGGUGUUACGAGUACAAUAAAAAAUUAUCUUUCAAUUAAUUCGUCAACUAACUUGGAAAAUGCUGGAUGGAUGAGUAUCGAUGAAAAUGUACAGUUGACAAAUACUGAUGGAUAUUUUGAUGUAUGUAUACCAUUGAAAAUGGUUCUAGGAUUCGCUGAAGAUUAUAAAAAAAUUAUUGUAAAUGCGAAACAUGAAAUUAUUCUGAUACGUUCACGUAAUGAUAUCAAUUCAAUAAUUCCAAGCGAUGAUACAGUCGUUGUCGAAGAACAAAUUGACAUCAAUAUUAUGAAAAUAGAGUGGCUUAUACCAUAUGUCAUGUUAUCAAAUAAACAAAAAAUUGAAAUGAUGAAAUAUAUUCAAAAAGAUCCAUUAAUCUCUAUAGGAUUUCGAUCGUGGGAAUUAUAUGAAUAUCCACUCUUACCAAGAACUAAUAAACAAAUUUGGACCAUAAAAACUGCAUCUCAAUUAGAAAAACCUCGAUAUGUUAUCCUUGUUUUUCAAACAAAUAGAAAAAAUCAAUGGAAUAAAAAUGCUAACAACUUUGAUCAUUGUAAUAUUAGUGAUGUUAAAUUACAUUUGAAUUCUCAAAUUUAUCCUUAUGGAAAUUUGAAUCUCGAUAUAAAUAAAAAUCAGUUUGCAUUAUUAUAUGAAAUGUAUGCAAAUUUUAGUGAAUCAUACUAUGGAAAUCAACAACAAUUUUUAAUUUCAAAAGAAAUAUUCAAAUCAAAAUUACCUUUUAUUGUGAUUGAUUGUAGUAGACAAAAUGAAAUGUUAAAAAGCGGACCCGUGAUGUACGUUUAG